CUGUACAGGCGAUAGGCUGGACUUGGCAGUGCUCACGCGAAUACAGCUCCGAGAAGAGGUUCUCGCGCGCGACGUCUCUCAUCCUCCCCGGAAGAUCAUCGAGAUUCGCAUCUGCAUCUCGCGCGUUUUUGGAUCUGCGCGUUUUCUCCAGUCAGAAAAGCCAAAAGUAAUCCUUCGUACUACGAAGGUAAGAGAGGAGAUCGAUUACGAGAAAUAAAUAACAUCAACGAGAUAUGGCGGAACAGACAACGUUCACACGGAGUGAGAUCGAGAAGAACAACGACAAAGACAAGGUCCUCAUCAUCUUGCACGAUAAAGUAUUUAAUGUUCACCGUUUCCUCAAUGAGCAUCCGGGCGGCGAGGAAGUCCUGCUGGAUCACAAAGGCAAGGACGGCUCCGAGGACUUUGACGACGUCGGCCAUUCGAAGGACGCAAUGGAACUGAUGAAAACGUAUCAGGUUGGCGUGCUCGUCGAAUCGGAAAGGUCAAACAAGCCGCCAAAGAAGGGUUGGGUGGCGGGAUAUAACACGAAGCAGUCGGAAAAGUACGUUCAGCCCGGCGUACCUUUCUAUCUACUCAUAGGCGGAAUCGCGCUCGUAGUAGCCCUCUUCUUUUACGCUUAUUAAUCGCUCGGUCCGCUAAAAUUAACCCGCGAGAACGCUAUGUGUGAUAGUGCGACGGAUAAGGUGAUACGGAACGAUGUUAGAAAAAAAGAAUAUUUUUCCUAAUGCCUCUAUAAUAUCCUCAAAGCGUAACUCUGUAAUUCAUUUCUUCGAAUGGAAAAGAAAUUUUAUUUUGUAUAUGUAUUUAGCAAAUAUCUUUGGCUGGAUUAAUGUUAAUGUUGUUCAUCUUUAAAUGUUGUUAAAUAUCUAAGCCA